CAAGGUGUUUUUUUAAAAAACAAUAUAAGGACCAUCUAGAGUAGGACUAGCACUCCACUGUCUAGCUGGGGGUUUGUAUUUAGUACUUGUGUUAUUCUGCUGCAAUCUUUUUUUUGCCAUGGCCCUUGUCAGCCUUUUAAGGGUUUAUUGGAUUUGCCUUUUCCUGUUUAGCAGUGGGACUUCUGCUCCAUUAAAUAGAAGUGGUAUGGAAUUCACUGUUGAAUCUGUGUUGAAACAUGCUCAUCAUCCAGGGAAGAUGAACUGAACCAAGACUCGUCUAGCCUUGAAUAUCUCGAAGAGCCCAGGGCGCCGAGAGCAUCAAGCAGGAAAUCUGGUUCUCUUGACCAAGCUUUGUCCCUUUGGGCCUCUGGCAUGUACAAGCAGGGCUCCAUACCUUCAUAUUAUCUUGCGCUCCAGGACCCUGAUAAACCCCUUGAAUAUUUCACCAAACCUCAGGAACUGUCCAUCACCGGGUUGGUGGACCAGAGAGCUUCUUCUGGUGGUCUCAGCGAAGAUGUGCCAGAAAACGAGGGACAUCUCAUUGAGCCCAGGGCCCUCAAGACGUCUCCCGCCAAAGCCUCCCCCUCGGUCUCGAUGUCCAAAGAAGGCUCCAUACUGCCAUUAAAUCCCUUGCAACAGGGCUCCGGUGGAGCAGGUGCGCCCAACCAAGAGGCACCACAGGGAAAGGGAGUGUCUGCAGUUGUAGCCGGUGCUCAUCAACUGAGCUCAGGGACCUCUCAAGAACUCUCUGACUGGACCAGACAAGCCUAUUCACCGAGCAAUGAAGUUGACUCUGAGGUGUCCGCCUUCUACCAGCAGGGUGACGGCUUUGAAGCUCUGCUGCCUCAGUUUGAAGUCUCUGACCUGGAGGAGCCUCAACAAGGCGUCAGUGAGCCCAGGGAACAGAAGAGGUGCCAUUCUCUUAGCCAAGCUUCCGCCUCUUCCUCCAUGUCCAAACAGGGCUCUGGUGGAGCAGGUGUUUGGGAGGUUCCUGAGCUUGAGGCAAAAGAACAAUCGAACUACCUGACCGCCUGGAACAUGGAAGGCUAUUCACCGAGCAAUGAAUAUGACUCUGCGAUGGCAGCCUUCUACCAGCAGGGUGACGGGUCUGAAGUCUCUGACAUGCAGGAGCUUCAACAAGGAGUCAUUGAGCCUUUGGGUGAUGGUUCUGAAGUCUUUGACAUGCAGGAGCUUCAACAAGGAGUCAUUGAGCCUUUGGGUGACGGUUCUAACCACUCUGACAUGCAGGAGCUUCCAUCAGGCGUCAGUGAGCCUUAUCCACCCAGCUUCAUUAUCCAGAUCGGGAGUGGCUACCAACGGUCCAGACUGAGUGCCACCUCAGACAAAUACUCCCUCAACCAAGGUCCUGAGGCAUUUGGGAUUUAUCCUGAAGACUGGGACAACUACCAGUUGCCAAGCUCUAUCAAGUGAUCAUGUAAUGUGAACUCUGAUCAUUUCCCUUGGAAACGCCCUACAAACAUUUCUUGCCGGGUUUUCAAUAAAGUCAUUCAACACAAAGUUUGAGGUCGUAACUCUACCAUGCAGGACUUGUCAUUGUGCCCUUAUGGUCACUAGUAUAUACUUUUUUAGUUCCCUGCUAUAUCUCGGUAUAUCUCCUUUAAGGAAUACCUGUGGUAAUCUUUUGUUCUGUUUGCUACUGU